CUUGCACCAUCUUUGAGGCAGAUGCAAUUCCUACCCCACCUACCCACCCCCCACCUAGUGACCCAGAACAACCACUUGCCUCUGGAGUUCUUACAUGAAGAGAAAGCAGAACCAGCAGCAGCCCAGGACACCUUCCAGGUCACUGUCCUAAACUGCUGGGAAGAUGGGGCUGGCAGCUCCCACUGCAGGGCUGAUACUGGUUCUGCUGCUGCUGCUGGAAGCCAGGGAGACUCUGGGAGGAGCUCACUCUCUCUGCCUCAACCUCACUGUCAGAUCUCAGUUCUCACGUGGACAGCCCUGGUGUGAAGCCCAGGGCUCAGUGAAUGGAAAGCCUUUCCUUCAGUAUGAUAGUGACGGAAGUAAGGCCAGACCUGUGGAUCUGCUGGGGGAGAAGGUCAAGACCACCAAAGCAUGGGGAGAUGUGACCCAAACUCUGGAAGAAAUGGGGCGAGAGCUCAGGAUGGUCCUGCUUGUCACCAAACCAGAGAAAAGCCUGAGCAGGGGUAAGUUUGGGAAGGGGGCCCAGCUGUGCUGUCAGAGGGAAGCAGAAGAGUGCACCGGUGCAUCCUGGGAGUUCAGCAUUAAUGGACAGAGUGCCCUCAUUGACACAAUGGCCAUGACCUGGACAGUCAUUGACCCUGGAGCCAGAGGGAUCAAGGAGGAGUGGGAGAACAACUGGGACCUGGCAGACUAUUUCAGGAGGAUUUCAACUAGAAGCUGCAGUCACUGGCUUAAGGAAUUCUUCAAACACUGGCAGAAAAUCCUGGAACCCACAGCAGCAUCAGCCCUGAUCCAAGGUGCAGCGCCAUGCAGGACCACUACCCAUAUCCCCUGGGUCCUGUUUGUGCUUCACACCUGCUCUGUCACCAUACUGCUCACCCUGUGCUGAGACCUUCAGAGUGACAGGACUUUGCGGCAUUUUCCUGCGUUCCCGCGAAACUCAUGGAUCUCGCCUCCUGUCGUUGCAGCUACUGUCAGAGUGAAGAAAAGACUCUUCGUCCUCCUGGCCUUGAACCUCUCACCAAGGUUGUCCAGGUCUGGACUCAGCUGUGAUAGAAAUGAAGAUGGGGGUCUGUCGGUGGUACACUGGGUUAAGUGCUGGGCCAGCGUGGGGGUGCCUCUUCCUGUGUGCAUACUCUCUGAGUUGGAGAGAACUCGACUGGAGAGAGCCUGGACUGCUACUCACUCAGCGACGUGAGGGAGAUGACUCAGGAACCAAGCUCGUGGCAGCAAGACAAUGCAAUUUCUAUGUUGAUCAGAGAGCCAAGGCUUUUGAAGGGCAGACCCGGAAGUGGCAAGCUGGAAACGGAAAUGGCUAGAGAAAGGCAAAAGGAAGCUGGAAAGGUAGGAACUUCCUUAGCAACUGUUGUGAGGGUUUUAAUUGGUAGGAUUAAUACCAUCCUGCAGGCAGGGAGGGUCUUAAAGGUAGAAAGAAGAUAGAUCAAAGGAAUGGAAUGGGUGGGGAUCUUUCAGGCAAAACAAUGAUUACGUAGAUAGGCCAUAGUAUCAGGAAUGCAGGGUGGAGCAGGGGGAGCUGGCUUGAUGUUUUAAGGAAUGCCAGGCUCCUGGAGGCAGAAAAAUGCAGGGUGCUUUGUGAGGCUCCUCACAAUCUCCUGUACAAAAAGAAGGACUGGAGGUGGGGGAAUGGAGGACUAAAACCUGCAGACAGGAGAAUGGGUCCCCAAGCAGCCUGAGGGGACAGAGGCAGCCCUGAGUAGUGCCCAGCUCCCCACAUGCCACACACAUGGCUGUGGGCAGCAGGGCCACUCCUCACCUCCUGGUCCUGAAACUGUGAAGUGAGCACCAUUGCAUGUUGGAUGGCCUCAGGUCUGUCCCCACUUUUUUCCUCCAAGAAAUUUCGGCUUGGGAUACAGGUGGUUAGUCUCAAGGUUAACACUUUGUUAUGAAUGCUGUCCUCUUGGGAAAGUAAAUGCUGGUUCUAGCAAGUAGCCCUCACACUGGGAGAGGAAGGGGGCAUCGACAACUCAAACUGUUCAUGACAAGCAAUGCAUCUUUGUCUGCUCUUCAUAGAUUCAGCUCUCCCUGAGCUCACAGCUCUCUGACACUUGGCCCCACCACAGGCUUCCCUGUACAUAGGUUCCUGUGCUUCUGCUGGUCCUCUGGGUGCUUUCUUCAGCGUCACUUCUCAUAAACCUCAAGCCAUUAAGAAUCUGGGCUUGUGGCUCUAUGAGGCUGUUUUGUGAUGGUGAAAUCUGGGAAAGAAAGGGUGUGUAAAGACUGAGAUGGGGCAGGGAGUUGUAUCCUGUCGAGUUCAGUCUCACAUGUGCUGACUGCCACCUUUCUGUGGACAGGUUUUGUGCUGGAAAGAUGGUGCAGGAUUAGAGCACAGGACUUGCGUGGAAGAGGUCCCAGGUUUGAACGUUGACACUGCUGAUAGAACUAGGCAGUGCUCAGGAGUUGGGCAGUAGCACAGCAGGUUAAGCGCACAGCAGGUUAAGUGGUGCAAAGCGCAAGGACCAGUGUAAGGAUCCUGGUUCGAACCCCUGGCUCCCCACCUGCAGGGGAGUUGCUUCACAGGCAGUGAAGCAGGUCUGCAGGUAUCUGUCUUUCUCUCCCCCUCUCUGUCUUCCCCUCCUCUCUCCAUUUCUCUCUGUCCUAUCUAACAACAACAACAUAAAUAAUAACUGCAACAACAAUAAAAAAAAUUUUAAAAAAACAAAGGCAACAAAAGGGAAACUAAAUUUUAAAAAAUUAAAAAAAAAAGAACUAGGCAGUGCUCUUAUGAAGAAAGCAAAUGGACAGGUUUCACUUAACCACUAAAGUCACACCAGAUAAAGACUAUUAUUUUUGUCACUGCUAUUUAAUAAAUCCCAUCUCAGGAAUCUAUUUUUUAUUGGGGAGAUUAAUGGUUUAAAGUCAGCAAUAAAAUACACAUUUGCUUCUCAAUCUCAAUCAUUAUCAUGGCCUGGAGGAAGAGUCACCUUCUUACCACUGAGGGUGAAAUGCAGACUGGUCCGUGGCUCUUGGGGCGGAAGCUAUAUGGAGAGGAUUUGUGAGAGCGGACCUAUGGGUCUCCUCUGAGCCCUGCUCUGUGAUUCACUUCUCCAAAGAAAUGCCACACCUCAUAUUAGAGAAUCAUGCUGUUAUUGGGGAAGAGGAAGAGGAGGAAAGAGUAUGAAAGUGCAGUGUUUUCUGGGGACAGAGGGGAAAUAAGUAUCUGAUCCUGAAGUGCUCGAGGAAUUGGAUCUAGCAGACUAGAGGAAGAAUGUUAACAUCCCACUCGGGCUUCUCCCAGAGGUUUGAUGAAAAGCAUUUUUUGUUUGAUAAGGACAACAUGAUUGAGAUCAAUUUUUUUUUUAAUUAGUACCAGCUCUUCCACUUGAAGCUUCUUCUCAGAACCCUGAGAGUAUGGCAUAACCAGAAUAACAUUUGAAGGCAGAAACUGUCACUUCAAAGAGUCUCUCAGCUGAAGGUAUGAUUCACACCCAGAGGUAGAUUUACCAUGAUGUGAAAGACACUUAAGCUACAGGAUCCAUCAAAACACAAGUUCUUUCCAUAGUCACUGAAAAUUUUUAAAAAAUGAUGUAACUUUCAAAUAGGUCAUUAAAAAAUUGUUCACAAUUAAUUUUUAAAUUUUAUUUAUUAUUGAAUAGAAACAGAGAAAUUGAGAGGAUAGAGAGGGAAGGAAACAGACAUCUGCAGCCCUACUUCACCACUCAUGAAGCUUUCCCUCUGUGGGUGGGGACCAGGGGCUUAAACCUGGGUUCUUGCACACUGUAAUGUGUGUGCUUAACCAGGUGCACGUGCACGACCACCUGGCCCCUGUUCACAACAUUUAAAAGAAUGUGAUUGCACUCCUUGCAGUGAAGAGACGAUCCUGCCCUAAACUAUAGACACCCAAGAGUUAAGUGACAGAAAACCAGUUUUUUGGUUUUUUUUUUUUACUACUUAGAGUUCUAAGUCAUAAUCAGUGCUAGAUGGGACUUAGUUUAAAAAAAAAAAGGAGGAAUACCAAAUGAGACCACCCAUCCAAAAAGAUCUGUGUACACAUAUGUUCUUGGCAGCACAAUUUGUAAUAGCCAAAACCUGGAAGCAACCCAGGUGUCUGACAACAGCUGAGUGGCUGAGCAAGUGUGGUCUAUAUACACAAUGGAAUACUACUCAGCUGUAAAAAAUGGUGACUUCACCAUUUUCAGCCGAUCCUCGAUGGACUUUGAAAAAUUCAUGUUAAGUGAAAUAAGCCAGAAACAGAAGGAUGAGUAUGGGAUGAUCUCACUCUCAGGCAGAAGUUGAAAAACAAGAUCAGAAGAGAAAACACAAGUAGAACCUGAACUGGAAUUGGCGUAUUGCACCAAAGUAAGACUCUGGGGUGUGGGGGCGGGGAGAGAAUACAGAUCCAAAAAGGAUGACAGAGGACCUAGUGGAGGCUGUAUUGUUAUAUGGAAAAGUGGGAAAUGUUAUGCAUGUACAAACUAUUGUAUUUACUGUCAAAUGCAAAACAUUAAUUCCCCAAUAAAGAAAUUUUUUUAAAAAGAAAAAAAUAAGUAUAUAAAAAAUGUUAAAACUUGGGUGGUAUCCUGGGACGUUCAAGUUUGGACAUUUUAAGUUAUGUAAAAUGUCUUGGUAGAUACAUUACAGUAGACUGAAU